ACUUGGUUUUCUUGGUGUUCGUCGCGGGGCAACGGGCAAGGAUGACAGUACCCCGGUGCAAGCUUGCCCAUAUUUGCAAGUGCUUGCGUAGCAGCCAACCAGGAAGUAACAGGGAGGCUUUUCCGGAUCACCAGGCUAUUGGAUCACCUUCCAACCUCACAUUCUUUAAUUUGCCUCGCGGCGAGCGCCCACCGGUCGCAUCACACCGCAACGCCACAUGGCGUUCCAUCCUCGCAGCGCACUGCACGUCAACAGCGCACUGCACGUCGUUAAGUGCAAUGUGAAAAUGCCUUUACAGUCUACAUUAUGUUUACGUAAAUGUGUUGACAGUCUUGUUUACUGUGUAUGAAUUAGAGUAGUGUAUUGGCCCUCCAUCAUCUGGACCACCCACCUUAUGCAAAAUAUAUCGAUACUAUAUUGCUAUAUUGUUUGACCAUCGUCAUCGCGAUGUGUGCGCAGUAGUCACCCUGUGAUGUUAGUGUACAGUAUUAAUAUACAGUGAAUCAACUAUAAUAUUAGAAAGUGACCAGCAGAGGAACUUGUUUGUACAGGCUAAUAAGAUUAGCAGUUACAGUAAAUUAUAAUGCUUCAAACAACACAUGGAGUUGCCCAGAGUGUUGUAUACUAAUCUCCUUGUAUGAUAACAAUGAAUGAGGACACGGGAAACAAUGUACACUGACACAUUUUCAGAAGUAUGCAGAUAACUGAAGGUUUACUUGGUUGUUUAAUUUCACACUUGAUCAUUGGGCAGGCACUUCAGAGACUGAAUGGUUAUCUAUACAGUCGUUGCGAUUGGAUGGCAACCAGGCCAGCCUGUCUCUUUUCCAAAGUCAGUUGGGCACACCCCCAACCCUAGUGAGAAUUAACAGUGUAGAAGAUGGAUGGAUUUUAACGCCCAAGCUUUUAGAUUUAACGUUAUGACAUUAAAAAUAGAUAAUUACAUGGAUUACAAAGGUGAGUACAAGUUAAAGCAACCCACAUUUUGACAGGCUCAAAGGCAGCAUCAUACAGAAAACAAAAAGUUAAAUUCAAUUUAUUUAGAUUUAGAAAAGUAUUCAGUAAAGCGCGGAUCUCCACCAAGGUUGAACUGUUAACAAAUGUGGAAAAAAAAAAAUCACAGGACUAUUUUCUGUUUGUUUACAGACAACACUGUGGCAAGCGGCAGAUUCCGCAAUCAUCUGCGUGCGUUCUGACAGGAAUGAGGCAGUAGAUGGCAAUGAAUGGCUCGUAUUUAUUGAAUAUUUUCCAAUUUAAGUAACUCCUGGUACAGCAGCAAAUAUUGAUGUUACAAUGCAACAAGGUUAUUAUAGUAAACGAAAACGAACAAAAUAGCUAAAACUAAAAUUGAAAAAAAAGUUUGUAAACCAAAUAAAAUAAAAACGAGUGUUUUAAAAAAACGUUAACUAACUAAAAUGAUAUUUUACGUUUGUAAAAAUAACUAAAACUAACUAUAAUUAUAACAAAAAUGUCCUUCGUUUUCAUCUUUGUCGAUUAAUUUCAUACAUGAGCUUUUGAUUUUAAAUACGUUGUACAUUGUGAUGCAUCUGAUCUAACCUUAGAAGCAGUAUUAUGCACUCCACUUGAUGCACUUAAAAUUUUGUGGACUGUAUUUGAUUUGUGGAUGGUUGUUCAUGUAUCCGUUAUAAGUUAAUAAUAUUUUUAAAAUGUACUUGUUGUGAUCUUUUUUUAAUUUCACACUUGACAAAUAAUGAAUAAAAAAAUAAGACUGAAAAUAAUAAAAAUUAAACUAGAACAAAGCAUUUUUGAAAAAAUAAAAACUAAUAAAAAUGAACAAACCUGCUCACAAAACAAAUUAUAACUAACUGAAUUUGAAAAAUUAAAGUCCAAAUGCAAUAAACACAAACUAUAAUGGAAAAUCCAAAACUAUUAUAACCCUGCAGUACAAUAUAGCAUAUCUCAACAUGAUGGACCAUCAUGUUCAUUCUGGGGCGGAUGGAGCGCUUUCAUCAUGACUCAAGUGGCAGAAAAAAAUCUUCCAAAAAAACGGGGCAUCUUAUAUUUAUUUUAGUUAGCAGACUAUAGAAAGAUAUUCUAAAAAGUUUUCGGACUGAUUUUAGCCACAAUGUGAACACAUAACCUGACCUGCAGGCAUUCUGUUUCUGUGUGUUGUUUGCUGGACACAAGAGGGUUGUGUUGUUUGCUGGACACAAGAGGGUAGUGUUGUUCAGGAGGGAUCAGUCCAGGGCAUUCUGAAGUGAUGUGGUGGAGCAAUGCAAACAUCAUCAUGUCAUCCUUCACACCACCUACACUAUCAUUCGUUUCCUGAUGGGAUGUUUGACCCUGACAUGUAAUGUAGUGUCAUAAGAUGAAUUUAAUGCACGUCUAUACUAUCGUAUGAGUGCCACAAUGACGUACACACUCCCGCCUCCUCUCCCCCUCCCCGGUGUGCUCCACUGACGACAGCAAGAAUGAAUGAAUGACCUUGCUUUAGGCUCCACCUCCCCUUCUCGAAGCAGGAGAGGUAAAAAAAAAAUGAGAAAGAGAGAGAGCGCAGAAAGAUUUUCAUUCAAAAUAUUAUUCCGCACACAUGCUGGCAAUAGGGCAGGAUAAGUGCAGACUUCCCAAUGAAUGUCACCUUAUGACUCAGGAGAUGAAGAAAGUCCGGGCCCGCAUGAUACUCGAGUCUUAAACCAAGGCGCGUUGAAGACAUUGGCCAGCAAGCUGGAUGAUCUGAGCACCUGUAACGAGCUGAUCGGAAAGCAUGGCGCCGCCCUCCAGCGCUCCCUUAGCGAAUUCGAAGAUCUCCGCGGGUGCGUCAAUGGCACGGAUAAAGUGAAGACCAUAAAUGAGCGAGCUGCCCUCUUCCGCAUCACCUCCAAUGCUAUGAUCAAUGCUUGUCGUGACUUCCUGGAUGUAGCACAGUCUCAAAACCGAAGGUGGCAGAAAGCCCUGCAGCAUGAGCAAGAGCAGCGUAACUAUCUGGAGACCACCAUUGAGCAGCUAGCCAAACAGCACAACAGCCUGGAGACAGCCUGGAGGGAAAAGCCCACUUCGUACACAGGUGUGCAGAGAGCUCGCGAGGUGGACGAGAGUGAUGAGAAUGAUGAAUUCUUCGAUGCCAUGGAGGACGCGCCUUCAUUCAUAACCGUGAAUGCGGAGACCACGCACAGGCGCUCAGGGAGUAGUCAGAGUAUGAGUGGUGGAGUCCCCAGUGACUGGACCCUUAACGAGAAUGACACCUCAGAAUCAAAUCACAUGCAGCUACGGAGAACAAGACGCAGCCGUAUUCCAGACAAACCCAAUUAUUCCCUCAACCUGUGGAGCAUCAUGAAGAACUGUAUUGGGAAAGACCUGUCCAAGAUACCCAUGCCUGUCAACUUUAACGAGCCGCUGUCGAUGCUGCAGCGUCUGACCGAGGAUGUGGAGUACAGCGAGCUCCUUGACCGGGCGGCUCGCUGCGACUCCUCCUUGGAGCAGAUGUGCCUGGUGGCCGCCUUCUCCGUCUCCUCCUACUCCACCACCGUCCAUCGCACAUCCAAGCCCUUCAAUCCUCUACUGGGGGAGACCUAUGAGUUGGACCGCCUGCAGGAAUACGGCUACCGGUCCAUAUGUGAGCAGGUGAGUCAUCACCCACCAGCUGCUGCCCACCACGUCACCUCACAGCGAGGAUGGACCCUGUGGCAACACAUCACUAUUGACAGCAAAUUCCGUGGGAAGUACAUCUCUGUCAUGCCACAAGGAAAGAUUCACUUGCAGUUCCACUCAAGCGGGAACCAUUACUUGUGGAGCAAAGUGACCUCAACGGUGCAUAAUAUUAUCGUGGGGAAACUCUGGAUUGAUCAGUCCGGGGACAUUGACAUUGUAAACACCACCACCAAGGAUACCUGCCAUCUCAAGUUCUCACCCUACAGCUACUUCUCCAGAGAUGUCCCGCGCAAAGUGACGGGUAUGGUUGAGGACAGGGAGGGCAUGGCGCAUUAUAUCCUAUCAGGAACGUGGGAUGAAAAGAUGGAGAGUGCCAAAAUAGUGGAUAGCAGUCAAGGAAGUGGAGGCUCAGAAGGCAAACAAAAGACAGUUUAUCAGACUCUUCAGCCAAAACUGUUGUGGAAGAAAUACCCUCUCCCGGACAAUGCAGAAAACAUGCAUUAUUUCUCUACCUUGGCUUUGACUCUGAAUGAGCCAGAAGAAGGGGUAGCGCCCACCGACAGCCGCAUGCGUCCAGACCAGCGGCUCAUGGAGGCGGGCCUGUGGGAUGAAGCAAACAUCCAGAAGCAGCGUCUGGAAGAGUCUCAGAGGCUGGAGAGGAAGAGGAGGGAGGUCCAAACCAUGCAGGCCCUUGAGGAUGGUCAAGAUGUGGAGGUGUACCAGCCUCUUUGGUUUGAGAAGAGAAUGGACGAAACAACAAGAGAAAGCAACUACAUCUACAGGGUAGGCUACUGGGAGGCCAAAGAGAGGCAGGACUGGAGCAUGUGCCCCGAAAUCUUCUAGAACAAACUGAACCAGCGGCUGUUACUUAUCCAUCAUGGACUCCUCUCUGCGGUCUGAUCGUUUCUAAGAUAAAACAUACUCGUCGUUCAGUCUGCGCAGAAUACGUCAUUACUCUCGAACCUGGAACGACACGGUUCUUGAUGCUUCUUCUGACAAAAGACACCACCUGGAUCACAACACCCUGCUUCACUUACAUUCUUGCAUCUGGAGCUACCUGGAUGGGAAGAAGCUGCUUUACAAGUUGGUAAACAAUAAUAGCUAUUAGUAGUAGUAUACUUUAAUGAUUUUUUUUUUUUCAUUUUAAACGUGAAUGAACUAGUAAAGUGAGGUCUUCACUGUUCCUGGAGAACCAUCAUCAUCAUUACAUCAGAUGUGUACAAUUUGACUUUUAAAUACAGUAGUAGAUUAAGUGCAAGGGUCUGAAUUAUAUUGAGAGUUUGUGAUGGAUUUUUUGCUUUAAUUAAAGUUCCACUGAAGUACACAGUGGACUGAGUGUAGAAAAUUGGAGUUAGAUGACAAACUUGUGGGCCUUGUUGGACCUGUUACAAGUGGGAGUUAUAGGAGUGGUUUCUGUGGUUUGAGAUGUCUGCAAUAAGUAAACUGCACUCAUACCUGAAAAAAAGAAAAUCUCAGGCAGAUACGCAAAACGUGCACAAAAGUCAUCUACUUUAUUCUGAAUGCCAAUUUAUUAAAUGAAAAAAGAAAUACAUCUUAUCUUAAGGAUGAGAAAAAGAUGAGGGUAAAAAAGUAGCACAAGUACUGAAAGAGUGCUGCUCCGCUCUAGUGUGUGGACAGUAAUAAAAAAAAUACUGUCAGUAAUCUGUUUGUUACGGUGGGCUGGAAGUGCAAAACAAUACAACAAAUUGUGAAACACUUUUACAUUUCAAAAAACAAAUUAACAAAAGCCGAAACACUUUUAUAUUUCAGAAAACUGCGCCAUAGUUGUAUCGGCGGCGGUGCUCAGUGUGUGCAGGCCUUAACCACCAUAAUCCUAACCUUAACUCAUCCUAAACUGCUUUAACCCCAACCCUAGUCCUAAACCUAACCAUAAUAAACUUCUUUGUUUUUUCAAAAAAAUUUAUUUGGAAUAGACGUCUCGUUACAUUUGCGUAGCCUCCCCUUCCCGCGAUGCAGGAGCCAAUCAUGUUGAAGCGGGGCGGGUCUUGCCGAGAAAGGGUUUCCUCUUAGAGAUUUCUAAGAAUGUCUGUGAAAUGGGAUGUUCCCUUUCCAGUUUGUCUCAAUUGUAAUUUGUUUCGUCUUUUGUAAAAGUGUUUCUGCUUUUGUUAAUGUGUUUUCUGAAAUCUCAACGUGUUUCGUUUUUUUUAAAUUUGUUUUCUUAAAUGUAAAAGUGUUUCAAAAUUUGUUAUAUUGUUUUGCACUUCCAGGCCACCGUAGUUUAUUGUACAAAUGUUUAAGUCGCUGGUUGACUUGCCUGUACAGUAUAUAUAGAGAAAAAUACAGUAGAAGUAGAAUUACAUCUUUCAAAAUUACUGUAAAGGGUCUACAUACUUACUAAGGUGACUGUAUAAGUUUAUGUAAACAAAAUAUAACUAUCAUGAGA